UGGGGCAGCAGGAAGCACUCUGGGACCUAGGCAGUGGCAACAGGAACACUAGCCAUGGCCACAGCCUUACUCUCCCUGAGCCCCUCCCGGUUGGGUCUGUGGGCUUCUGUGCUGGUCUUGGUCUUAGUCUUCAUCAAGCUUGUGGGCCUGGUACUGAGGAAGCAGAUGCUGGCUAAGGCUAUGAACAACUUCUCAGGACCUCCUACUCACUGGCUGUUUGGGCAUGCUCAUGAGAUCCAGAAGACAGGGAGUCUGGACAAGGUGGUAUCCUGGAUCCAUCAGUAUCCCUCUGCUCACCAACUCUGGCUGGGACCGUUCCUUGGCUUCCUGAAUAUCUAUGAACCUGACUAUGUCAAAGCUGUGUACAGCCGAGGGGAUCCUAAGGCCGCAGAUUUGUAUGACUUCUUCCUCCAGUGGAUUGGGAAAGGGCUUCUGGUACUGCAUGGACCCAAGUGGCACCAGCACCGCAAACUGCUCACUCCUGGCUUCCACUAUGAUGUGCUGAAACCCUAUGUGGCUGUGUUUGCUGAAUCCACAAACUUGAUGCUGGACAAGUGGGAAAAAAAGGCUCGGGAGGACAAGUCCUUUGACAUCUUCAGUGAUGUGGGCCACAUGGCUCUGGACACACUCAUGAAGUGCACCUUUGGCAAAGGGGACAGUGGCCUGGGACAAAGGGACAGCAGCUACUACUCUGCAAUCAGCGACCUCACUCUGCUGGCGCAGCAGCGCAUCGACUCCUUCCAGUUCCACAAUGACUUCAUCUACUGGCUCACGCCCCAUGGCCGCCGCUUCCUGAAGGCCUGCAAGGUGGCCCAUGACCACACAGACCAGGUCAUCAGGGAACGCAAGGAAGCCCUGAAGGAUGAGAAAGAGUGGGAGAAGAUCCAGAAGCGGAGGCACCUGGACUUCUUGGACAUUCUCCUGGGUGCUAAGGAUGAUGGUGGUGUCAAGCUGUCAGAUGCUGACCUGCGGGCUGAGGUGGACACGUUCAUGUUUGAAGGCCAUGACACCACCACCAGUGGCAUUGCCUGGUUUCUCUACUGCAUGGCCCGGUAUCCUGAGCACCAGAAACGCUGUCGGGAGGAGGUCCAAGAGAUCCUGGGGGACCGGGACUCCACCCAGUGGGAUGAUCUGGGCAAGAUGAGCUACCUGACCAUGUGCAUCAAGGAGUCCCUGCGGCUCUACCCGCCUGUGCCCCAGGUGUACCGCCAGCUCAGCAAGCCUGUCAGCUUUGUGGAUGGCCGCUCUCUGCCUGCAGGCAGCCUGAUCUCUUUGCACAUCUAUGGCCUUCAUAGGAACGGUGCAGUGUGGCCAGACCCUGAGGUCUUUGACCCUUUGCGCUUUUCUUCUGAGAAUUCAACCAGACGCCACCCCUUUGCCUUCAUUCCCUUCUCUGCUGGACCCAGAAACUGCAUUGGGCAGCAGUUUGCCAUGAAUGAGAUGAAGGUGGUCACAGCCCUCUGCUUACUCCGUUUUGAAUUUUCUCUGGAUCAUUCUCGGCUGCCCAUCAUGAUACCUCAGCUGAUCCUGCGCUCCAAGAAUGGCAUUCACCUGCACCUGAAGCCACUUAGCCCAGACUCUGGGAAGAAGCUCUGCUGAGAAGAGAGCCCUGGGGGUUGCCCUAUGCAUGCUCUCCUGUGUUAUAAUUGAGCUCCCUGCCUUCUGGAGGCUUCUAGAUUAAAAGGGCAAUCAAUUCCACAAACAUG